UCUGCCUACGAGAGAUUGUACGGCUAUUCUGGGACACCCUGUAUAUAUAUGUAUAUAUAUAUAGUAGGUAUACUUCAACUCGAGUCUGUAAUCAUUAAAGAUGCGCUUUAUAAAUACGUAUGAUAUUGUAUUUAUACUAGAUUUGGUUUCCGUCAGAGCUCAAUUGUGUGUUGUUUUUAGGUAUUUAAUAAAAUAUAAUAAAAUGUUCUCUCUUUGAUUUUACAGGUUUACUUACUGUUCUGUACAUACAUAGAAAGAUAUGUUUACACACAGAAAGAUGUAAAAAACCAGACAGCAUUUCGCUCUAAAGCGAGAGAGAUAAUAAAGAGAAAAAAAAAAUAAUUAUACAUCGCGCGCCACUGUAUCAUUUAUCCCGAUCCGUUGUAUAUUUAUAAAAGUGUUUGACAAACAUGUUUACUUGAUGAAAACUAUACGGUAACCAGCUCAAGAUAUUUUUCUGUUACAAACGUACACACCUAAGCUAUAAAAACUGGUUUGACUGCUUCUCAAUCAACUCGUACGUUCGUUUUCUAAAAAUCGUUUGAUCGUCGCAACACGUAGUGCUUGAAAUGUAAAGAAGCAGAUCAUACCGCGCUCAGUAUGUAUAACAAUCUCAGAAAAAUUUCAAAAUUCCACUACAUCGGACGAAACAAUCGUCGAGGAAUAAGUUCGUUGAUUGCUCGCGUAGAACCCGAAUUGGCGGCGAUAGUAAACGCCGGCACGUGGAAAAAUGAGAUCGCGAUCGCUUCACCUCAACGAACGAGGAUUACAUUGUCAAAUGGGAAGGAGGCGCUCAACUUUUGCUCGAACAAUUAUCUAGGAUUAUCGGAUAACAAAGACAUUAUUAACGCGGCGAAGAUUGCGUUGGACAAAUACGGCGCUGGUAUGAGCUCCGUAAGAUUUGUGUGCGGGACGCACGAAUUACACGUCGAACUGGAAAAGAAGAUUUCCACGUUCCACGGCAGAGAAGACACGAUACUUUACGCGUCCUGUUUCGACGCAAACGCCGGUAUCUUCGAGACUCUGUUGACUGCCGAUGACGCGGUGCUGAGCGACGAAUUGAAUCACGCGUCCAUCAUCGACGGAAUACGAUUGUGCAAAGCGAAGAAAUGCAGAUACAAGCAUAGAGAUAUGACGGAUUUGGAAAGUAAACUUCAGGAGAACAAAUCGGCACGUUUGCGCCUUAUUGCUACGGAUGGAGUGUUUUCGAUGGACGGUACAGUCGCACCACUGCCGAAGAUAAUCGAACUCGCCAAGAAGUACGACGCUGUCACAUUUGUGGACGAUUGCCAUGCAACUGGGUUUUUUGGCAAAACUGGCAGGGGUACGGAAGAGUACUUUGGUCAUUUGGGAGACAUCGAUAUCAUUAACUCCACGUUAGGAAAAGCUCUCGGAGGAGCGUCGGGCGGUUACACGACUAGUAAAAAGGAGAUCGUCGCUUUGUUAAGACAGAAAAGUCGACCGUAUCUGUUCUCGAAUUCCGUGCCGCCGCCCGUAGUAGCGUCGGCAAUUAAAGUCAUGGAUCUUAUAACGCAUAGCACAAAGUUCUUGGAUCGUUUGGCCGGAAAUACAAAGCGUUUCAGAAACGCUAUGACCGCGGCCGGUUUUACAAUCAGCGGCGAUAAUCAUCCCAUUUGCCCCGUUAUGCUGGGCGAUGCGAAAUUAACGGCAACGUUUGCAAAUAAAAUGAUAGAAAAAGGAAUUUACGUUAUUGGGUUCAGCUAUCCCGUGGUGCCGAAGAAUAAAGCGAGAAUACGUGUUCUAAUUAGCGCUGCGCAUACCAACGAAGAUAUAGAUCAAACCGUGAACACUUUUAUACAAAUUGGAAAAGAACUUGCAGUGAUUCCAUAAAUAUAUUUUUCGACAAUAUAAAAAAUUAGAGACAAUUUUUAUAUAUGCAUUAUAAAUAUCUUUUGUUAUCGUAUAUGUAACUAUUCUCUCGUGAUUUCAGCUGGUUUAUAUGAUUAAAU